AUGGCUGUCGCAAACAUACAAGACAGAACCUUAGAGUUCAAAUCCAUCCUCACACAAGCACAACGACGACAAGCACAGGCCAAGGUCGGCUCCCAACGACGGUCCCUCCUCACAGACGCCCAGAAGGCAGAGGCAGAUGGCCGAAAACCCCGCCGGUCCGACUUCGCGCGCAAGGCCGCAGACAUCGGCCGGGGCAUCAGCGGCACCAUGGGCAAGCUGGAGAAGCUGGCACAGCUCGCGCGGCGGAAGACGCUCUUCGACAACCCCGUCGAGAUCAACGAGCUCACCUUUGUCAUCAAGCAGGACCUCUCGGGGCUGAACCAGCAGAUCGCCGGCCUGCAGGAUGUGGUCCGGUCGUCGCAGCAGGGCGGCAAGUCGCAGGAGUCGGAGCACAACAAGAACGUGGUGCUUCUGCUGCAGGGCAAGCUGACGGACGUGUCGGCCAGCUUCCGCGAGACGCUCGAGAUGCGCACCAAGACGAUACAGGCGAGCAGGUCGAGGCAGGAGAACUUCCUGUCGUCGGUAUCGACGCAGGCGCAGGUCCCACUGCAGCAGUCGGCGAGCCCGCUGUACGGCACGCCCAAGACGGGCACGCCGGCGCCGGGCGGGGACACGCUCUCGCUGAACCCCGUGGGCGACCAGCAGCUGCUGAUGAUGGAGGAGGCGCAGCCCCAGAACGCCUAUAUCCAACAGCGAGGGGAGGCCAUCGAGGCCAUAGAAAAGACCAUCACGGAGCUGGGCAGCAUCUUCGGGCAGCUGGCGACGAUGGUGUCGGAGCAGACCGAGAUGAUUGAGCGGAUCGACGCCAACACGGAAGACGUGGUCGACAACGUCGGAGGUGCACAGAGGGAACUGCUCAAGUACUGGAGCAGCGUCUCGUCAAACCGGUGGCUCCUCGCCAAGAUGUUCGGCGUUAUGAUGAUAUUCUUCUUGCUCUGGGUCUUGAUCGCCGGAUAG